CUCAAUUGGAACAACAACACUAAGAUCCUUCAUUCUAAUCUCUUUUGCAUAUCUAGUUAAUAUCCAUUUCAAAAUGUCUCGAGGAAACAAAGUUGCCAUUGUUGCUCUAGCUAUGAUUCUGUGCAUCUUAUUCCAAACCAGCAUUUCAAAUGCAGACACAUUUCCUGCUGGUGGCGCUAACGGUUGGGGUUUCAACAUGAAUGGCUGGCCUAAUGGGAAGACUUUCAAGACUGGUGAUGUCAUUGAGUUUAAAUACACACCCGGCGUGCACAAUGUGGUGAAAGUGAGCAAAGCAGGAUAUGACUCCUGUGAUGGUAGUGGAGGACAAGUUUUUAAUUCAGGAGACGACAAAGUAGCACUUGCACAAGGGCUAUCGUAUUUCAUUUGUACCAUAGGACCACAUUGCUCUAAUGGUGUCAAGGCUGCUGUCACGGCCAAUUAACAUUGCUCUAAUGGUGUCGAGGCUGCUGUCACGGCCAAUUAAUUUACACCAAAUUUAGUAGUCUUAUUUCAUUUUGAUUGUUGUACUUUGGAGAGUACCAAUAAUAUAAAAUGUUUUAUUUCAUGGUCCAUAUAUAUGUAUUUUGCUUGUGGAGUACUUGAAUGGAAAAAAAAAAAACUACCAUAAUUAUUUUGUCA